AGACACUUCCCUAGUCAAACAACCAUGGCGGGUCAGUCAUUUAAUAUAAAUCAGUUACCGCCAGCAACUGUAAAUUUAAUUGGUAGUGGGCAAGUUAUAACUAGUGUUUAUAGUGUUAUAAAGGAAUUAGUUGAAAACUCUGUAGAUGCAGGAGCAACAUCACUUGAUAUAAGGAUUGUAAGUUACCCUGCCUUAUAUGAUUAUAUGACAAUGUAAAUUGAAAUUUACACUGCACUACAUUGACUACAUCACUACACUUAACUUUAACACUACUAUUUACUACUACUACUACUACUACUACUACUACUACACUAGACUGAGGCCUGAGGAGACACUCACUUCAGUAGUACUAGUACUACUUGUCUACUCAACUCACUAGUACUACUAAGUUGAAGUUGUCGCCAGUAGUCUGACGCUAGUGUCCAUCUUAGUCUCUAGAAGAGUCUGGAGUCUAGGGUAAUCUACCACUUGAGUUGUUCCUGUUUAAAGGGCUAUUUAAACAAUUAUUCAUAUCUUGUUUUUACGACGUUGAAUGGAUUCAUUCCAGCACAUACAUAGUAAAACAAAUAACACGAGACAAUUUAAAAAAAAAAAGAAAAUGUAAAACAAUUUAAUUAAAAAAAAAAAUAAAAUAGAAGAAUUCAAACAAUGUAAUGUAAUGUGUGAAAAUGACAUUAUGCAUAGUUCUCCCCAAAGGCGACAAUGAAGUUUUUGAAAAUAUAAUUUCCUCGAAAACGGUUGCGGAACAUUAAUUCAUGUAAAUAUGAAGGGAACACUUCGAGGCUUGUGCCAAACUGCCUUUUCAGUUUCGUAUCUGAUCACUUAUUCACUAUCAAACACUUCGUGCAUCGGCACUAUUGUAGUCUCUCCUCUUUUCCUGCCAUAUCGGGAACUUUGUACCGUAGUAAUAAUCAUUUAAAUGUAUUGUGCUAAAUACGGAAGCGAAACCAUCAGAAAAUUGUUUAAAUAGCCCUUCAAACCGGAAAAAAAUGAUUUUUUCUUGGCCGACGCUAAAGUGGUAGAUUACCCUAGUCUAGACCUAGUACUAGUACUAAUUGUACUUAAGAAACUGUGAGUGGGAAAUCUCUAACUCUAGUCACUAGUCUUAGUUAGUGACUUAGACUUAGUCUUAGCUAGGUACUUCGUUGAAGCAAGGGACACUCCUAUAAAAUUUGUAUCGGAAAUGGGCGUCGAGGCAGUAGAAUCCAAGUUUUUAAUUUUUUUAUAUGCAUGUAAAUUUUAAUAAUACAGGAGUCCUUUUGGUCCAUAAUUAAGGUCUGACUCCGCCCAUUCACAUUAGGAGAAAUGUUGACCUACAUUCCCAUAGAGUUUUUUUGUUCUUUAUAUCAACUUUAAGUGAGGAAAAAUCGUAUGUCAAUAUAAGGCAUCUUUCUCUCAUUUAAAGAUCAUGUCUUUCAUAUUAAAUUCUGAAAAACACAAUAUAUUGAUGUAUAAUGUUUAUGUAUGCAAAUUCUCAUUGAUGUAGGUUGUGUCCAACAAUUGCUAUGCAUGUCCAAGUAACCUGCAUUACCUUAAGGUCGCUCAGCCUAAUUUCAACAUGGCCUGGGCCACGCCCCCUUUUAAUGGCAGAAGUUGCAGAUACUUAGGAAAUAUUUAAUUAUUACCACUAUUUACAUCAAAAUAUUUGAUAACUUGUGUUUCAGAAUGCAUUUUGAAGACAUUUAAACUGGAAUGUUUUAAUUUGAGCUUUAAAAGUCCUGUAGAGUCCAUAUUAUAAAUGAUCAGAAUUUUCCGUGUGCAACACGUUGUCAUUGGCAACCAUUCACAGCCACUUGCAUAAUGGCUAUAUCGUAGUACUAUCUCAGAGUUUCAUUCAUAAGAGUUUGCUGUGUGCAAAAACUAUUAAAACAUUAGUCAGGGAAAGCUUUAAUUAAUUAUUCAUGUGCCAAAGUUGAAAGUUUAAAAUAAGUCGACCCUAAACAGCAUUUUAGUGAUAAGGGGAUGUGUUGCCAUGUAUAAACUAUAUAGCCAUUGCUCAUGACGCGAUCAGCGGAAUGAGAUCACAAGAUGUGGAGGUUUCAUCCAUAGUAAAAAAUACCAAACGAACUCACACUUUAAAAAUUCGUAUCUCAAAAAGUACUUAAGCUUAAAAGUUGAUUCUGGUUUCAUUUUCUUAAUUUGAAAUUAGCUCUAAUAACUGUAAUACCAAAAAAAUUAUUUUGAAUUUUUAAAUUUUUUCACUAAAGUACCUAGUCUUAGCCUUAAUUCAUUAAUUUAAGUUUAAAAAAAGUCAUACAAAUAGUAAAGCGUUUUUUUUUUUUGUUCAUAGUGUAAACUUUAAAAAAUAAAUAAUCAACUUAUUUCAUUAUUACAAGGAUUUAAUAGUAUAAGUAUAAGUAUUAUAAGUCAAAUAUUAUCAUUUUGUAACAAAACAAAAACUAUUAAUAGUAAACAAAUUGUACAAGAUCAAAAAAGUACACCUGACCACCUUCCAUUCAUCUUUUGUUAUUCAUGUCACCAUUGAUUGUGAAAUACAAAUACAAGGAGAGAUCAGAAUGUUAAAAUCUUGACUUUUUAAAAGCAACAAAAUGUAAGACAAACUAACUAAAAAAUAAAAAUACUUGAUCUAUUAAUUAAGUAUUGAAUUGAAGUGUUUUAAUAUAGUUACAUCUGGUAAAUAGGGAGUUUUUAAUAAUUAAAAACCCCUACUUAAUGUAAUAAUGAUCACUCCUCAAAAAAGAGAUUCUGCAGUGAAUAAAGUUAUUAAAGUCUCGAAGGCUAAACUGUGGCCUUUUAUUUUUAGUUUUAGCUUAUAUUUAUAAGAUAUAAUAUGAAAAAAUUUGGCCUCCAUCUUAUCCUAAGAUGCCUAAGAGUAACAAGACCCUAGGGGCUUGCCAAAGAGUAGCUAAAACUACAAAUGAGUACAUGUAGUGGAGUGUUGAUUUUCCCAACUCAUUGGGACCAAGGGUAGUUCGGAUAACUUACAAUAUUGCAGAUAACCAAAGAUGGAAAGGUUGCAUUAAAGACAUCAGUGCAUAUAAUAUAAUGUAUUCUUAGCUUUUAGAAGUUAUACAUUUUGAUGUGUUUAAUAUACAGUGUAUUAAACAAACCAUACAGUUUAUCAGGUCAGCUAAGUGAUAUAUAUAUAAAUAUGUAUUAUAUAUAUAUAUAAGUUACGAAGUUGCUUUAUUGACCAUUUCAUUACCGCUGACGUCAAUGAGAGUCACGAUCACCCACUUUCAAUUACCUAGGACGCCACAUUGUCAUGAUAACGAAGAGGCAAAGCACUUUUCUGAAUUACGAAUACGUCACGUCGACAUCACAAUUUCAGUGUUAUAUAUUUCUUGUAUUCUUCAAUUUAUAGAGAAGUUAAUAAGUGAAUCGUAUAGAGAAUGAAAAAAAACCACAGAAUUUUCCUCUUUGAGUUUUUAACUGCUGGCAUUUACAUUUGCAUUUAACAUUCAUUACGGUGAUUUCUUGUAUAUUUACAAACAAUGCUAUCCAGUGCUUGGUAUUUUAAAGUUGGUGAAAGGUCAAUAUUUGCACAGUCAGCAAAAAUCGAAAAACCAGCCAUAAUUAAAGGAUUAACAAGCUUGCAGAUCACAUUAUCUCAGUCUGAUUACUAGAUUUUCCUGGAUUGAGUUACAAGGGUUUGAAUUGUUUUCCGUCCUUUGUAUACCAAAGUUCCAUGCAGUGCCCAUUGGUUACCAUAAUAAAAAUAAAAAGACAGGGGCAUUACGGAUAAUUGCAGUUGUAAUUUGUUGUUCUGCUAUACUUAGCCCGACUACAUACUACAUCAUGUAGUACAUGGCCCAUUUGGGGGUGGGGGAUGGAUAAAUCAGAAAUAGUUUUAUAAGUUUUAUAAAUUAACAAAAUAAAUCUAUAAACAAGUCAACAUCUAGUUUUUACAAAUACUUUUCACAGGACAACUUUGGAUUAGACAAAAUUGAGGUAAGUGACAAUGGCCAUGGACUCUCAGCCAUUGAUGUCCCCUUCUUGGCAAAAAGACAUUAUACUUCAAAGUUAAGCUGCACUAGUGACAUGAACACCCUUCAGACUUAUGGUUUUAGAGGAGAGGCGCUAGGUAAAUAAACUAAGGAUUAAUACAUAUUUAAAAAUAUGAAAAGCUCAUUAUUUUAUCAUUAAAUUGUAUAAUUAAAUACAAUUUUCAACUAUUCAAUGAAAAAAUUAUAUAAGUGAUGUAUACAUUAAUGUCUUGUUUUGCUUUUAAAGAAAUAUUAACCUUUAUUAUAGUAGGUGUUACAGCAUUGAUGAAAUAACCGUUUACUGCCACAAAAUGAUGUCAGUUAUAAAUUUAGUAUCGAAGUUGGAAAUAAGAGAAGGAAUUUUUUAAUUGAGUGAACAAUUGUUUAAAUUUUUUUAGAUCAUAUUUUAUUAUGUUAUCAGUGUUUGCCUAGUUUUGCAAUUAUUGCACAUGAUCUGAUUGCUAAUCAGUAAUUCUUUGUCACUCCAUUCUCAAGAGCUCGAUACUAAUUGUAAUAAAAGAAAACUUAAGCUUUGCAAGAUUCUGAUUACUGUAGAUAGGGGAUUCCAGAUAAUUAAAAUGCAUUUUCUAAAUAGGUCAAUUUAAAACACUGUAUAACACCUUAUAAAAUGUUGAAUAUAUAGAGAAAGCAUUAAUAUUACAAUAGAGAUUUAAUGUGUUACUGUUCAACAGCAUCCCUAUGUGCAGUUUCCGAUCUAAAAGUCACCACAAAAACAGAGCAGGAUGACCUUAGUUAUGUUUAUAGCUUUGACCAAGAAGGAAACAUAAUAGAUAAAAAACCAUCACAUCUUGGCAAAGGUUGGUAUUUUUGAAAAUAAUCUUUAUCAAUUUCUUAUAUUCCAUAAUAAAUUGCAUUCCUGCUUAAAGAAGUUUAGGACUAAGUAUUCUUACUGUUUUUCUCUCUUGGAGGGCAAUAAACCUCUCUUGGAGGGCAAUAAACCUAAAAUGUGACACUUUCAUAGCCAUGUCUUACAGAUCACUCAAUCAUCUUUUUGAAUGAAUUUGAUGCAAUGAUGACUAGGGAAAAUAUCAGCUGUUUGGUAUGUUGGUUUUAAAAUGUCAAUUUCUUGUGUUCUAGGCACCACUGUCACUGUUGUCAAACUCUUUUACAAUAUACCUGUAAGGAAACAGUACUAUUCUUCUUCUCAAAGAAGGAAAGAGGACUUGAAGAAAGUCGAGGAUCUUCUCAUGGCAUUUUCUAUAAUCAAACCACAGUUAAGGAUAGUGUUUCGCCACAAUAAAGAAUUGAUGUUGCAAAAGCUGCCAGCCAAUAAUACAAAGGACGCAUUAACUUCAGUUCUAGGAAGACAAGUUGCAAGUCAACUUGUGUUCAAAGAAAAAGCAAUAAAUGAAAUUGGAGUAUGUUGUUUUCUUUCCUUUUUAGAUGCUAUGUAAUAAAGAUUUAAAUAUUUUGUAUUGGUAUUCAUUCUUGUUUCUUGCUAUUAUUUUCUACUUAAAAAUAUUUUCUUCUUCUAAAUUGAUGAUCUUAAUUAUAAUUUAAAGCAUUUAAGCUAACUCCUAAAGACAUGUUUUUUUUCUCUUAAGGCAAAAGUAUCAGUAUAUGUUCCGAAACCUGGUUCAGAUGUCAGGAUUAUGUCUCGUUCUACCGGUGACAGAAGUUUUAUUGCUGUCAAUGAUCGUCCUGUGUUUUUGAAAGAACUAUUGAAAGUGAGUUUUAACUUUAAAAAAAAAAAAAUUUGCAGAUAUCUACACAAAUUAAUGUUGCUAUUUUCAUUCCUCGUUGAGGAUUUUCUGGAUUUAUUUGCAGCAAUAAUGUCAAAUGUAUAUUUUUAUAUUUUGCUCUACAAAAGUUAGAAGUAAUUUAAGUUUCAAAUCUAUACUUACAACUGCUUUGGUUUGAUAUAAUCAUUUCUAUCCUGAAAUUUGCGUAUAUGGACUUUAUUAUAAAGUCAAAUUAUUAUUUUUAUGGAUGAUUGAAUUUUCGGUUAAUUUUAAAGGUAGUUAAACAGUACUACAACAAUUGCCAUCCUUGUGAUGCAACACGUCUGCCAGUCUGCUAUGUGCAAGUCAUUCUCCCUACAACAGAUGUUGAUGUCAAUGUUGAUCCAAACAAAACUAUUGUCUUUCUUCAACAUAUGGUAUGGAGUUUUAAGCAAAAUCAAAGCCUGUAAAGCACUUACAAUUAGGUUAUGAUGAAAUCUUCUUUUUUUUUUAAAGCUUAUCAUUUUGAAUGCAAUUGUGAAUGCACAAACUUUUUUGUUGCAUAGACCUAAGAAAUGUUUCUUAUUUACAUUUUCCCUUAAUUGUACAUUGGUGCAGUUUGUUAAAAAACAUAUUUUUUUCCCUCUUUAUUCAUGAUGUUUAAAGAAGGAAAUACAGAUGUGUUCAGAAGAAAUUUUACUAGAGUUGUACGGCCCUUUAGAUAAUGUUCCUUCAUGGCACUACAGUCAGUCAUCAGAGGGAAUUGCACAACAGUCUUUAGCAGCAGAUGAUAAAAAACUGUCCAGUGAAGAAGAGGAGGUAGGUUCCAAUAGCAGCUACUGCAUUAAACUCCCUUUUGAAAAUAGUGAGAAAAGAUCAGCAUUGUUAAAUUAGUCUAGCGUAACAUCAUGUGGCUAAAUAAAUUCAGUUAGGAUGAUUUAAAUUUGAAUAAUUAAAAAUACAAUUGAUCAUUAUUUUUUGUGACUGAGACUAAAAUCUCUUUGCUAAUUCUCUGCACUUUUGGUCCAUAUUUCUUUUUCAGGUCACUAGAGACAGAACAACUAAAGUGAAAGUAUCCAACCAUAUGGUGUAUUCCAGAGUUCAAACAAAUGAUGCAAUGAUGACACAUCAGAUGAAUGAUAAUCAGACUGACAAAAGCAAGAUGGAAAAUAAUCAAAAUAAUAACACCCUAUACUUAGAUGUUAAUGUUUCACUGCAUUCUGAAGGCAACAGUAAAAACUCGCCUGAUUUAAGCCAUGGUGUUCCUGAUGAAUCACUUGCUAUCAGUGAAAUUCUUUCCUUGAAUGAUAGGCAUUUAGAUGAUUUUAAUCAUGCUAAUGCACCAAAGGUUAAUUUACAAAAUGAUGUAACCCCUGGAACACCCGCAGGUGGUGUUUCUCAUUCAUUGUUUGAUGUGCCCACAAGUGAGAAAAUAAAUGAAGCCACAAGUGAUGUGGAGGUGGCACUUUCUCAUGGUGACAGCCUGCAGAAUAUUUCAGUUAAGGACAAGACGGCAACAAGUUUAGAAGGGCAUGCUUAUUUCAGUUCAAGUUUUUUAACUGAUAAUUUUGACAACACACCUUUAACGGAAGCAGCGGAAGGUACUGGUGGUGAUAAUCAGUUAGGAACCAUCAGUACUACUACAGGAAGCAGCUGGAGCAGAGGAAACUGGAUUUCAGAUGUCCAAGGUAAACUUUUGCAGGUAUAGCAAACAUUUUAUUAUUUUUGUGGCUACCAACUCCAAAUUUUAUUAUGGCUAUUUACUAGAAUUUCUGUUUAAUAUUGCUGCAUAUAUGUAAUAAAUAACACCUCACAAUUUUUUAAAAAUUCUUUUAUGUUGUUUCCUUUUGAUACAUUAGUAAUAUAUAUUUCAUUUUUCUCAAGCCUGUUCAACUUUUAGCACCCAGUUCAAAACAUAUUCCUGGAAAACAUGCCCUAAGUAAAGAGGGAGUACACACUGAGUGUCCAGCAAAGCGUAGAAGAACACUGACAGAGGUAAUAAAUGAUUUCAAUACCUUUUUAUAGUUUUAUCUCUUACCACAAUGUUGUCAUUUUCUCCUUUCAACAUUCUUAAUUUCAAGUACAAGGGACACUAUUUCAAUCUUUAAUUUUUUAAUGGAUUCAAAUGAAAAUUUAAAUGCAUUAAAAUAAUCUAUGGCAAUAUAUAUUUUCAAUUAGACAUUGGAUCCCAACCAAACUACAUUGGAUGAUGUCAUGGACAAUAAAUCAAGAAUGGCAGGUAUCAAGACACAUUUUUUUUCUCUUAAUUUGGAUAGGUUAUUGUAAAUUUAUUAUUUGAUAAUUGUAAAUUUAUUAUUUGAUAACAAAUAGGUGAUUUUGUUACACUGUUAGACUGAAUGAAAGUAAAAUAGUAGUGAUGCGAACAAAGUAUUACCAUAUCAUUAUGUAGAACUGCCAUUUCAUUAUAAGAAGAAAUGCCAUUUUUCAAGUGAAUUCAGAAAUAAAAUAAGAGAUGAAAUUCUGAUGUAUUUUUUAAAUGAAUAGUUGAAAACCUGUUUCAGACUGUAUGAAUGAUUGUAACAAUUUGGAAAUGUUAAAAAUCUACAACAGUAUGUGGUAAAUAUAAAAUGCUACAUUUUUAUGCACAAUUUAUAAUUGCAGUGAGUAUUUCUGCAGAAAGUCAAGCAAAUGGGGAAGAGAGGCUUAAACCUUCAGACAGCAUCUUAGAUGAAGCUGACCUAGCAAAGUAUAAUAGCAAUGAAAAAUUAUGCAUAUAUAUUUUAAUUUCAUCUUAAAUUUUAAUCACAGAUUUAAAAAAAAAAAAUAAUUUUACAGAAUAAAUAAAUGAGAAUUUAAAAAAUUUUAAAAAUUCCCUUAAAAUAAAUAGUCCAUCUCUAAACAUUUAGAAUUUGUGAUUAAUGUUUAUGUUUUGGGUUUAUCUUCCUAUAGAAUGAAAAGCAAAGAAUCAUUAAAUGGGAUGAAAAAUAAUCAACCAACUAAAGCAUUAAAGGUGAACUUGAACAUCUCAUUUUAUUAAUUUUUAUGGAAGUAUUGUAAUCUCUCUUAUUGUUUGUUAUAUUUUUGAAACCUUUUCUUAUAUUGUUUAAAGAAACAAUAUAAAAUGCUUCUUUUGUAUAGCAAAGUGUUCGGGAUCAAGUAGCUGUCAUGGCUUCUCAGAGUCAAGCAGAAAAAGUUAAAAAGUCACUCAAGAGAAAGCGCUAUCAUACCGAGCAGAAAGUUGACAUAGAUUUGUGUCUUUUAAGAUGUGCAUUGGAGAAAAAAGUUACAGAUGAUAACAGGUAAAGAUUUUUUUAAGGAAUAUUUUUUACUUUAAAUUUAAAAAAAAAUUAUUGAAAAGACCAUUUGUGUAAUAAUAAUUUUUACAUUAAAAUUUCCAUGGCAAUUUAUUAUAUAAAUUUAAGAAAAAUCAAUUCACACAUAUUCUUUGUUUUUCAGUAUAUUGUUUUCCAAGCCUACAGUGAUUGGUCAUGACAAUUUAUGUGAUGCUUGGUUUUGUUGUCAUGGCAACACCAUGAGUCUUGUAAAUGAUCAUAGACUUGGUGAGGUUACUUUGUACUAUAAACUCAGGGCAACACACAGGCUUUUGUUGAGUCCUUGCCAAAUUCCAGUUGCUCUUAAUUACAGGUUGGUUUCUAAUGCAAUCAAUAAAUUGUUACUAAACCACUUAGAUUAAAUUUUUUCAAAAUCUACAAUAAUAUGUCUUUCAUGGUAAGAUUUGUUGCAUACUUUGGCAGCCCGAAUAUCACUUCUGCCUAUAACCGUAGUGGAUAUUGGUGGGCAUAAUAGGAUUCAGAAUUUAAAAUUUCACAAAAAUGCCCUGUAUAAUUUAUUACUGCUAGUAAUUUAAUGAUUGACUUAUUUCCUAUUUAUAAACAUGGGAGAAAAAUCUUCAUAAUAGAAUUAAGUCUCAUCUGUUUCAACAUAUUUGAGACAUCAUUUUUUUUUAACACAAUUCUCUGCAGUAUCAAAUUGUCAGUUAAAAUUCCUUGUUAAAAAAUAAAUAGCUGACUACAAUAGUAUAGUAUUUUGGCAAGAGAACUCGUCUUAUUCUUAUCCUCCAUUACAUUUAUUUUUUGUCAGAGGUAUCAGUGAAUCGAUUUGGUCAACUCUAAACCUUUUGGCAGAGGAAAACAGAACAAAUGACACAUACUUUACUAUCAAUGAUGAAAGAAUUGUUGCUAAUGGUUUUGAAGUGAAAUGUCAUUUUGGUAAAUUAUUUUUGUAACACUUCCAUUGUGUGAUUUAAAAAAAAAAAGAAGGAUUUAAAGAUAUAUCCAUGUUUGUUUCUGUAUUGAAGGUUUUGCUUGAUAAAACAUCAGACUUCAGUUAUUUAUGUAUACAAAUUCUACAAUAAUUUUAGUAGUCCUUCAAGGGUUGUUAUUUUAUUAUGGUAAAAGAUAAUCUUGAUUAGGAAUUUAUAACCAAUACUUUUUUUUAUUUGAACAUUAAUAUCCAUUAUCCAUUCUUUUCAUGUUAGAUUUGGAAAACAAGUUGCACGCUGAGUUAGUUGGAUUGUGUAACCUCAUUCCUGCCUAUAGCUGUCAAGACUUGUAUGAAGUUUUGGAUAUUAUUAACAAGAACCCAAAAGUGAUAUUGGAAGAUGCAAGACCCACUAAGGUUCUAUAUUAUUUACAGGUAUUUAUUAUUUUUCAAGCGAAGUCAAUUCAUUUAUACAUCUUAAGUCCUGGGUUGGAGUUUUCAAAUCAAUAGUUCUCUGUAGGUUCAGCAGCAGUGGUGGUAUAAAUUUUAGCAAGUUUGCUCCUACAUGUUUAUUGGUUGAAAAAGUUAAUACAUUUUUUGGGGUCAUUGAUGAAUCAUUAGAAUAGUAAUAUAUGGAUGUUUUCAUCACUCAAAAAGAGUUUAUUUAAAGUGAUUAAAAACUGAGUAUGGAUAGCAUAAUAAUAAAUAUUCAUAUUUAAUCAAGGGUGAAGCUGUCCGCAUGAUUCAGCAGAUCCCAUGCAAGCGGUCCGCUUCUGAUGUUCAAGAUAUGUUGAAUCAUUUGCCUGAAGCCCCAGAAUUGCAGUUGUGUGUGCACCACAAACCAUUAUUUCAUAACCUUUGUGAUUUGACAGAUCUGUAACUUUGAUGUUUUUCUAAAUAAAUAUUUUUUACUGAAGAAAAAUUAUUUUUGAUUUAUUUAUGAACAUAGAAAAAGAGCAUUUUAUGUUUAGGGAAGUGAUG